AUGAAAUCCGUUGCUAUUUUGUUGUGCUUUUUGGGAGUCGCUUUGGCAUGCGAUAUUAUCGUACAUUUGAAAUCGGAUACUGAUAAGAAGUUCAGUGGACAAAUUCAAGCCAGCAAUGGAAAGAAAUCUGAUAGAUGGAGCUAUAUCAAGAAACUUCAAAAGAACACUUUCCAACAAAAAGCUGACGAAUGCGGAUUGAAGGUUAGUUUAUUUCAAUUGUGAUGAACUCAUAAUCACCCUAUUUUCUAACCUGCGGAGACAGCUGAAUUGAAACGAAAUAGUUCGAAAACAUGCAAUUUUAAAAAUAACUUGAAAAACCUUUGCAGUUUGAUUUGUGCAAUAAACAGGUGUAAAUUGGAACAUACAUGAUUAAUAUGAAUUAUGUUAACUCGAUUAGUAUGUAAUUAAGACACGUCGCAUGUGAUUAAAAUAAUAAGCGUUAGACAGGUUUAUCGGAAAUCAAUAAUGAGUUCAAUUUUUUAGGACUGGGAAAUCUCAACAUUCGAUGAAACCGGCAAAGCUGCUCAUACAAUCAAGGUCACUUUGGAUGGAAUCGGUCGUGUCACCUACAAAGUUGGCGAUGAUUUGCUUCCAGUUCAAAAAGAUCGUCAAGGAGCAGUUUGCAAAGGACAAUGUGCUCCAUUGUAA